CGGAGUGAAUGGGUUGCCAUGGUGAAUCACCCAGGGAGCCUGACCCGUGCAGAGUGAAUGGAGGGAGCGCCUUGGACGCCAAGUGAACGAUAAACUAACGGAGUGGAGUCACCAAAGAGAGAGAGGAGAGCAAAGGAGUGGUGGAUAACAGAGGGAGCAGAGGAGCGGAGCAGAGAGGGCUGAGAAUGGAGGACGGGUUUUCCAGUUACAGUAGCUUGUAUGACACCUCAUCACUGCUACAGUUCUGCAACGAUGACAGUGCGUCAGCAGCGAGCAGUAUGGAGGUGACUGACCGCAUCGCCUCCCUGGAGCAGAGGGUCCAGAUGCAGGAGGAUGAGAUUCAGCUGCUGAAGUCCGCUCUGGCCGACGUGGUGCGCAGGCUCAACCUGUCUGAGGAGCAGCAGGCCAUGGGGUCACGCAGAGGACCCACCAAAGACCCUGCUUUGAUGAGAAAGUCUCCCUCAGCAGACAGCAAUGUUGGGAAGUCAGCCAGGCCAAUGAUCGCCACUCUGCCGUUACGGCCCACAGUAAACAACGGGACCAUCCUACCAAAGAAAGGCAGCACUCUGCCCUCCCCAUCUGGAUCUGGAUCCAGGAAGGACAGCAGCACAACGGCCAACAAGGGCACUGUGAGGAGAGCCAACUCAAACGAACAUGUGGGAACUCUCUCGCGGAAAGAUUCCGGCGACUCCAAGGGCAAUCGGACUCGCGCUGGAUCCACUGGCAGCAACUCCAGCGGCAAAAGAAGCGACAGCAAACAGAGGGAUCCAGUGUUCAACGCAGGGAUGCGACGUGUGACCCACUGCAAAGAGGAAGGUUAUGUGAAAAUGUAUUUGAAGGGUCGUCCCAUCACCAUGUUCAUGCCCAAAGACCAGGUGGACAGCUACUGCCUGGAGGCCAGAGCCGACCUGCCCAGCAACAAACUCAAACUGGACUGGGUCUACGGUUACCGCGGCCGAGACUGUCGCUCCAACCUUUACUUGUUGCCCACUGGAGAAACGGUGUAUUUCAUUGCCUCGGUGGUCGUGCUGUUCAAUGUGGACGAGCAGCUGCAGAGACACUACACCGGACACACAGAUGACAUCAAAUGCCUGGCCGUCCACCCUGAUAAAAUCACCAUAGCAACCGGGCAGGUGGCGGGCACCUCUUCAGAUGGAAAACAGCUGGCUCCUCAUGUUCGUGUGUGGGACUCCGUCAGCCUCAACACCCUCCAUGUUCUGGGUAUAGGCUUCUUUGACCGAGGCUUGGUCUGCCUGGCUUUCUCCAAGUCGAAUGGAGGAAACACGCUGUGUGUCGUAGAUGACUCCAAUGACCACGUCCUCUCCGUCUGGGACUGGCAGCGAGAAGACAGACUGGCCGAAGUCAAGUGCUCCAAUGAGUCAGUGUUUGCGGCAGACUUUCACCCGACAGACAGCAACAUCGUAGUGACCUGUGGCAAGUCCUAUCUUUAUUUCUGGAACCUGGAGAAAGGCGUGCUGGUCAAGAAACAAGGACUGUUUGAGAAACAGGAAAAGCCCAAGUUUGUGUUGUGCGUGACCUUUGCAGAAAAUGGAGACGCCAUCACUGGAGACUCCAGUGGGAACAUCUUGGUGUGGGGAAAAGGCACUAAUCGCAUCAGUCAAGUCAUCCAAGGAGCCCACGAGGGCAGCAUCUUUGCUCUGUGCAUGUUGAGGAACGGCACGCUGGUGUCUGGAGGUAAAGACCGCAGGCUCAUCUCCUGGGACAGCAGCUACCAGCAGAUACAAACGGUGGAGGUGCCUGAGCCGUUCGGUCCCAUCCGGACUGUAGCAGAGGGCCGAGGGGAGACUGUGCUCAUUGGGACCACGAAGAACUUUGUUUUGCAGGGCAGUUUAGACGGUGAAUUCAUGUGUAUUACACAGGGUCAUACUGAUGAGUUGUGGGGUCUGGCUGUCCAUCCCUGCAAGCCUCACUUCCUAACCUGUGGCUAUGACAGACAGGUGUGCCUGUGGGACUCCAGUUCCCAUCAGCUCAUCUGGAGCAAGAACAUGGAAGAUGCUGCCCAAUCAGCAGACUUCCACCCAUCUGGAGCUGUGGUUGCCAUAGGAACGCAGACGGGCAGGUGGCUGGUGCUGGACACAGAUUCUAAGGAUUUAGUCACAGUGCACACAGAUGGGAAUGAGCAGCUGUCUGUUAUGAGCUACGGGCCAGAUGGUAACUUCCUGUCCAUCGGUUCCCACGACAAUUACAUCUACAUCUACGCUGUGGCAGAAAAUGGGAGGAAGUACAGUCGAGUGGGGAAGUGCUCGGGUCACUCUAGUUUCAUCACCCACCUGGACUGGUCAGUGGACUCCCAAUACCUGGUAUCAAAUUCAGGAGACUAUGAGAUACUGUACUGGAUCCCAUCAGUGUGUAAGCAGGUGGUCAGUGUGGAGACCACCAGAGAUAUCGAGUGGGCCACCCACACCUGCACUCUGGGCUUCCAGGUCUUUGGCUUGUGGCCCGACGGCUCAGACGGCACCGACAUCAACGCUGUCUGCAGGUCUAAUGAUAAAAGUCUCAUGGUCACUGGAGAUGACUUUGGGAAGGUCCACCUCUUUGCAUACCCUUGUUCACAGUUCAGGGCUCCCAGCCAUUAUUACGGUGGCCACAGCAGUCACGUGACCAAUGUGAACUUCCUUUACAACGACAGCUACUUGGUGUCAACAGGUGGGAAGGACAUGAGCGUGAUGCAGUGGAGGAUAGUCUGAGCGAGUGGAACAGAAACUGACGACGUCUUACUGCUGCUGGCACCUCGACGCCCAGCUGAACUGAACUGCACUAAACUGAACUGAACCAAACUCAGACACUUAAAAAAAGUGGAUCUGAUUGAACUGAACAAAAGUGAAUUGACAGAAGACAAACUCGUGUCCGCGGGUUUCCUUCCUGAUGUGCUUUUAGAUCCCGAAUGACAUGAACUGUUGGAGGUGUAAUGUGCGAUUGCUUGAAAAAAAAAAAAAUCCUGAAUACUUCUCUUUUUUUCACCCACACUACAUGUAAAACAAUCUCUUAUUCUUUCUCUCUCUCACACAUGCGUACUGUAGCCUAAUCACCAAUGACAUGAGACAAAACAAAUCGAACGGAUCACAUCCAACAAAACAGAAGCAAAGGCUGCAUUUGUCCAGUUUGGCUUUCACUGCUCUUGUAUUGUGCACACUCCUGCCACAGAUAAUGGACUGAAGAGGGUUUUCUGUUUCUUUCGCUGCCUGUCCAGCCGUUCCAGAAUGAAUAUCAUCAAGCUGGAGAUCCAACAGCAUUGGAACAAAACUGUGUAUGGAAAGAACGAACAUAGUGAUUUUCUAAUUGUUAAACUUUCUUUUAUAUUGUAUUUAACAACUCAGGAAAGCAUUAGUGAAGCAGGAUUCUUCCCUGUUGUUAUCAUUGACAUAUCACAAGACGCCUCUGGCUGCCCUAAACACAUCUCUCUAAAACACGGUUAAUUCAACAGUUUUUCCACCAUUAUUGAUUGAUGUACACUGAAGAAGUGUGUAAGAAAACUACUAUAAAGUCAAGAGAGAUGCUGAAUUUGGAGAAUAUUAAUACAUUAUGGAGAAUAGUAUUAGUCCCCAGGACACACACAGGUACUGCAUUGUUUAUUCCUGUCAGAUGUGAUGUUAACCGCCAUAAGAAGCUAUGAUAUUUUUGGGAAAUUAUGUAGGGCAAUGAUAAAUUACCUUCUUCAAUAGGAUAUGAACAGUUUUCCACCACUUUAUCUCAACAUGUUCUAAGUGUUUGUGAUUCCAGGUCUAAAAAAAAGGACACAUUUUGUAUUAUUUAUUGAUCAUGAGUCAAAUCCUUUACCACCGAUUUCAGUUCCUUUUGAGUUUUUUUUUCUCUAUAGUAAAUCCCAGUUUAAUUCCUCCUGUGUAAAUAUACUGAGAUGCUUGAAACAGAUAUGAAACAAUAUGGGUGAUUAUACAGUUUUCGAAACCAUUUUAUCUUGCUUUUCUCAAAAAUCAAGCAUGUAUCAAAGUUUUUUUUUUUGUUUCAACGAUGUGAACCAUUUUUAAAUCUGUAUCUGACCACAGUUUAUUGCACCCAAAUCAGUUUAGGAAGGGGAAGGAUGAGACCGUAACACUGUAACUGUUUACGUCUGAUGUGCUACUCAGAUGAGCAUUAUCAGUCACUGGCAAGAUAUUUAACUGAACUUCUUGAGGUGUUGGUUUUUUUCCUAUAAUACACUGCUUCAGCCUGAUGAACAUACAGCAGUUCUAUUCACACAAAAGCAAGCAAAUCACCGUUUAGCACUUACUUUACUGGAGCUUUUCAUAAACCAAUGAUGUCUGCUUUCUGCCUUCCAAGCUGUGUACCAUCCAGUCACAUCUGCUGUACGGCACAUAGCAUGUCACAUUCCUCAUUUUACGGUUCACGGCAAGCCGAGAUAACACACAUGCAUGAAUAGAGAAAGAUUUCUUUGACUGGGUUAAAGCAGGUUUUAGUAUGACCAUGACUGCCACUGCAUUGAAGGCGUGUUGUAUUUUUUUAAGAUCCUGAAGGUUGUCUGUGUUGUUCUCAGAGACACCAGUGAAAUCUUCUAACAGCAGUGAUAUGAAGUCACCACUCUAUAGAGUGAAUGUAAAAUGAUUUGUCUUACCACUUAACACUUGGCUGCAGAAUACCAUUGAACAUUAAACAC